GACGCAUUUCCGGGUUGGCGCUUGGCGGGACCGGUCAUUACGUGAGCUCCGAGUUUCAAGGCAACUAACUUCAACAUGCUGGCAACAAACGGAAAUAAAUUUGAAGAUGGUCCCGUGAACGGAACCGCUUCACAUGCCGAUACCUCGGCGAAGGAGCGCUUCACAUUUAGCCCGGAGCCGAGCGUGGAGGACAUCCGUCGCUUGCAAGCAGAAUUCACCGACGAGCGUGACUGGAACAAGUUCCACCAACCUCGCAAUCUGCUCCUGGCAAUGGUGGGCGAGGUAGGCGAAGUGUCGGAGCUUUUCCAGUGGAAGGGCGAGGUGGCCGAGGGCCUGCCCGACUGGAGCGACUCGGAGCGGGAGCAACUCGCCCACGAGCUGAGCGAUGUCUUCAUCUACCUGGUGGAGCUAGCCGAGAAGUGCCGCGUGGAUCUGCCCCAAGCCGUGCUCCGCAAAAUGGCCCUGAACAGACUCAAGUACCCCGCCAGCAAAGUUCACGGCUCGGCAAAAAAGUACACUGAAUACAAGGAGUGACUUUGAAGUUGUUUUGGACUUUUGGCAAUCAUGACUUCGGAUGCUUUUUUUUUUUUUUUUGACAUCUGGAAUGGUGUUUGAACGUUAGAGACAGUUGACUUUUUUUUAUUUUUUUUAGAUUUUUAUUUCCAAGGCUCAUGUAAAUUCUUAUAAAAGAGAACCCGUACACAUGUAAUUUAUAAAUUCUUGUGACGUUCAGGCACGUCACGGAAAACUUGUUUCUUCUGUUUUGUUUACAUGAGCGUUUGUUGAAGCACAUAACCAAAGUAAAGGUUCUUUAACAAA